AGCACCUGGUCAGCUAUGGUUGUACAAUUAAGCUCCCAGCACCUUGAUGGAUGUGGAUUGAAUCGACGCACAGACAUCCAUGGCGUCGUCAUCGAUAAGCUAAAAUUGACUAGAUCCGCCUUAGUCAGGGGGGAAUUGGUUCCAGACCCGGACUGGUUCAGACCCCACCCAGGAUGGAAAAACUUCCAAUUUCCACGAAACCACAACUUAACUCUCAAGGGGCAGCACUAGCUUAUAGUAUUACCUUACCUACCCCGAGCAUUGCCUCUUUUUACCGCACCAAAGGAGUCGAGACGGAAGCCAUUGGCACCCCCUGAGCCUCACCCACUAUGGGCUUACCACCCUGGACAGGUAGUUCCAGCCAGCGAUUCGUCCUUGUGACUGGCUCCAAUUCCGGCCUCGGAUUGGCAACCUGCGAGCGCCUCAUCGACGAAUUCCUAACUUCUCCGACCCGCGAUCCGCUCUCCCACCUCAUCAUCGUUGUCUCCACGCGCUCGCCCCGAAAGACCGCCGAGACUAUUAACUCUUUACGCCAGCAUCUCCAGACUCUUGCGAAGACUUCGACUGAGCUCGAGCAGCGCGCUUCGUCUCAGACCAAAGAAUACCAAUUGCGCGACGCUGUAGGCCGUGUCCACUUCCUCGGCGCAGAAGUUGAUUUGUGUGACCUGAGGGGCAUUUAUAAGUUUGCAUCGCAGAUACGCGGACAGGAGGGUGGACUUUCGAGCCCAGACAUCGAGGAUGGACGACCAGGGCUGAAAAACGUCAUAAUUCCACGGCUCGACGUUCUGUAUCUCAAUGCGGGGAUCGGCGGAUGGACCGGGAUUCCGUGGGUGCUGGCUAUCUACAAAGCAAUUGUCGGCAUCCCCGAUUCGUUCUCGUACUGGAAAUGGUUCAACUUCCCUUCCCCCGCGGCCGUCGUGCGCCACCAGUCGUCAUUCAACAAAUACACAAACGCCCAAACAGAAAGUUUAACCAACGGCGAUCUGACAGAGGAACCACCACUUGGGGAGGUCUUCUGCGCCAACGUCUUCGGUCACUACCUCCUCGCCCAUGAGCUGAUGCCCCUACUCUCCACAUCCCUUGACCGAGAGCCCGGCGACCGCGCACGCGUCAUCUGGGUCUCAACCCUUGAGCCCAACCCAACCGAUAUCUCCAUGGACGACCUCCAAGGCUUCACCGCUUCGAACCCCUACUACGGCUCCAAGCGCGUCACCGACCUGCUAAGCAUAACCGCCAAGCUCCCCGCCAUACAGCCCAUCAACAACGACUUCUUCGCGAUGCGCGACUCCAUCGCGCCGAAGCCGGAAAGCGACGACGAGGCCGAGAUCAAACUCGUCAGGCCGGAGUUUUACGUCACGCAGCCGGGGAUCUUGCACACAAAUAUUAGCGGUAUGAACCCGUUCGCUGCUUUCUUCAUGGCGCUCGGCUUCUACAUCGCCCGCGUCCUGGGCGGCGUGUGGCAUCCGAUCGUCGGGUAUCUGGGUGCCGUAGCGCCGGUCUGGCUUGGGCUUGCGGACCAGUCGAUGUUGGAUUCGCUCGACACGCGUGCUGGGCCCGAGGGUAAGAUCAAGUGGGGUAGUAGCACGGAUUGGUGGGCCAAUGAGAGGGUGAGGAUGACUGAGGUGGUGGGUUGGGGGUGGAGCGGGUAUGUUGGAGAGAAAGGGGAGAAGAAGGGACGGGCUCCUCAUGCGGUUGACCUUACGCCGGAGGCCAGGGAGGAGUUUGUGGCUGAUGGGAGGGUGGUGUGGGGAUAUCUGGAGGGGUUGAGGAGGGAGUGGGAGGGAAGGUUGAAGGUUGGGGAUGCGGCGUAG